AUGAAAAAUUUAAUUGAAAUGACAUUUCCAACACAUUCAUCAUUAGUAACAAAAUUAUUAAAUAAAUUAUUUCAACAAAUAUCAUCAAAAAGUACAAUUAAAUUAAAUGAAUAUCAAUUUAAUCUUCAAUGGUUUUCGUCAAAAUAUUUAAAAAUAAAUUUUUAUUUUAAUGAUUAUCCAUCAAAACAAAAAACUCUUCAAUAUCAAUUCUAUCUUUUUACAGAACAAUUAAAUACAUAA